AUGUUUUAUGUUGACGAUUACAUAGACGGGGCACCAAGUGUAGAAGCGGCAGUGGUUUUGCGGGAACAAUUAACUGAGUUGUUGGCUAAAGGAGGAUUUUUAAUUCGAAAGUGGUGCUCGAAUAAACUCGAAGCUCUGGAUGGCGUUCCAGCGCAUCACCUUGCAUCUCUUUCGUCGAUUGCCAAGCUUUUUGACCCGCUUGGGCUAAUAUCGCCUAUAAUUGUAACAGCGAAGAUUUUCAUGCAAGAGCUUGCAUUAUUGCACUGCGGAUGGGAUGAUCCUGUUCCAUCUGAGAUGGCGGAAAGGUGGCUAACUUUCUACGAAAAAUUGGAAGGAUUAUCUGAAUUGCGAAUUGAUCGUUUCGCGUUCAUAUCGGGAUGGGUCAGCGUGCAACUUCAUUGUUUCGCUGACGCAUCGGAGCUGGCUUAUGGCACCUGCAUUUAUGUACGCUCUGUGGAUUGCACUGGUAACGUGCAGGUGGAACUAUUAUCCUCCAAAUCUCGUGUGGCUCCUCUGAAGCGGCUCACGAUUCCGCGGCUCGAACUUUGCGCUGCGAAGGAGGCAGGAAUGCUGUACGAGAAGGUAUCAAAAUCUCUUUCGUUGGAUAAAAUACCCGCUUAUUUUUGGUCUGAUUCGACGAUUGUGCUGCAUUGGCUGAAAUCACCACCUAACAGGUGGAAAACGUUCGUGCCCAAUAGGGUUUCAUCGGUCCAGACUUCAACUUAUGGCCACGUCUGGAAGCAUGUAUCCGGUAAAGACAACCCAGCGGAUUUGGUGUCUCGCGGGAUGCCUGUAAAAGAGUUCAUUCAAAGUAAACUGUGUAGGGGAGGGCCAGAAUGGUUACAGGAUCCGAACAAUUGGUCCAAAAACGGACCAGAUGAUUCAUUUACAUAUGAAGACCUGGAACUUCGUGUUAGUCUACCAGCACUGGCUGUGAGCACUCAGCCAGACCCAUUAUUCUACUUACGUUCAUCUCUAAACUCACUUCUACGUAUCGUCUCUUACUGUUUGCGUUUCGGACACAAUACCAGGUUCCAAGCAAAGCACAUCACUGGACCUUUAGCUGUGAAGGAGAUAGGAAAAGCCAAAAGGGUGUUGACGCAUUUAGCACAAUAUGAACACUUCGCAGAGGAAAUCAGACAAUUAAGGAAACAGCAGUUAGUCCUCAAACAAUCACCAUUGAGAUUACUAAACCCCUACCUAGAUGAGGAAGGAAUUAUCAGAGUUGGUGGUCGUCUUCGAAACUCAUCUAUUGAUUAUGUCACUAAGCACCAGGCAAUACUACCCAGUCAUCAUCCUUUCACUCGAAUUCUGGCCGAUACACGGCAAACGAGUGGUCAAUGCAGUUCUACGCCGAUGUUAUCGAUGCUUCCGUGUCAACCCUGCAAAAAUACACCAACCCAUCGGUCAACUUCCCGGAGCACGUGUUCGCCCCAGCAAGCCUUUUUCAGUUACGGGCGUGGAUUACUGUGGCCCUUUCUUUUUGAAACCCCCGCACAGACGCGCCGCAGCCCCAAGUUUUAUAUAGCAGUAUUCAUCUGUAUCGCCACAAAGGCGAUACAUCUGGAGAUGGUUUCCGAUCUGUCUACGACAGGUUUUCUUUCUGCUCUACAUCGGUUCAUCGGUCGCUAUGGAAUACCUUCUCAGAUCCACUCUGAUAACGCCACAAAUUUCGCUGGCGCCAACAACGAAUUAAAGGAAUUGUACAAUUUACUCUCCGAUAAGAAAGCUCGAGAUCAAAUUCAUACGGAUUGUUCACGUCAAGGCAUCGAGUGGCACUUCAUCCCACCCCGUGCUCCCAAUUUUGGAGGGCUGUGGGAGGCAGCCGUUCGCAGUGUUAAAACAUCCCUCAAAAAACAAAUUGGCAUCCAGCAAUUGAAUUAUGAAAACUUCUCAACGUUACUGGCCCAAAUAACAGCAGCGCUUAAUUCAAGGCCAUUAACUCCCUUGUCUGAUGACCCGUCGGAUAUGGAGGCCCCCACGCCUGCCCAUUUCCUCACAGGAACUGCCAUGAACACUCUACCGGAGCCAGAUUACACUCAUUCUUCCACAAGUCGCCUAUCCCACUAUCAGCAACGACAACAAUUGUUCCAGCAAUUUUGGAAUCGCUGGACAACAGAGUACUUGCACAACCUGCAGGUAAUAAAUAAGCAGCACCAAGGACGUAAUAUCAACACUGGAAACAUUGUCGUGCUCAUCGAGGACAACCAACCACCACUGCAGUGGCCCCUCGCAAGGAUAACUGAGCUCCACCCCGGCUCGGAUGGAGUUGUGCGGGUGGUUACUGUGAAAACAAGGAAUGGAACGUACAGGAGACCGGUCAACAAAAUUUGUCCCUUACCAGGCGAGGAUGUGGACCAGAAAACGAAGCCAUUGGUACAAUGGAAAAAGAUUUCUAAUUAA